AGAAGAAAACCCUCCCUUCCGCUCCUAUCAUAUAUCAAUUAUAUUUUAUGAACUAGCCAUUACAUUCAUCAUCUUCUUCUGUCCAUACCUCCUUUUCUGAAUCAUAUAGCGCCACUCCUAAACACCUUUACCCUUUCUCUCUCUCUCUCUCUGCAACUUCUUAUUAUCUCAGGAAAGAAAGAAGAGAGGAGAGAAUAAGCUAAGGCAGCUGGCAAAAGGAAGAAUUGAAGAAUAAUGGGUAGAGCACCCUGCUGUGACAAAAAUAACGUGAAGAAAGGGCCAUGGUCGCCGGAAGAAGAUGCCAAGUUGAAGGCUUAUAUUGAAGAGCAUGGAACCGGUGGUAAUUGGAUUGCUUUGCCUCAGAAAAUUGGGCUUAAGAGAUGCGGGAAGAGUUGUCGUCUCCGAUGGCUGAACUAUCUCCGGCCGAACAUUAAGCACGGAGGGUUUUCAGAGGAAGAAGAUAACAUCAUAUGCAGCCUCUUUAUAAGCAUUGGGAGCAGGUGGUCUAUAAUCGCGGCGCAGCUCCCGGGAAGAACUGAUAACGAUAUAAAGAAUUACUGGAACACAAGGUUGAAGAAGAAGCUUUUCGGCAAGCAGCGGAGAGAGCACGGCCUCAAGGCCGGUAACGGUAACGUAGCCCGGCAAAAGCAGGCCGAAAUGAGAAAAGCCGCCGUCGCCGCCGCCGCGAGAGAAAACCCUAUGAUGAUGAUGAUGGCUCCUCUCGGCAACACUAACAACUCUCCUCCCUGGCCGGAGCUGCCGGUUCUGGACCCGAUUCGGUACCCCGCAGCCGACAACGAACCCGGUUUCAACGACCAUCACUCCAUUAGAAACCUGUUAAUCAAGCUUGGCGGGAAAUUCAGGGACGACAACGACGACGAUCUUAAGCAUAAAAACCUCGCAGCGUACCCCAUGGAAAAUCCGUCGCCUGUGCUCGUUCCGCCGCCCCCGCCGCCGCUCUAUCAACUCUCGUCUGCUCCGACAACCGACACCACCUUAAACUCCCCAUUCUCAAUCAAUGAAUACAACAUGGAAGCGGAACUUCGGAGCUUGCCAGGUGAGAACUGUUUCCCGGAGCAAAUCCCUUACACCGACAACACCAACAUCCCGCAGAAAAUGGACGGCCUGGAAUUCUUGUACGACAACAUGUUAAACAACAAUGGGAGACUCGGAAGCAGUAGCGGCGGAGCCAUGAUGGACUGGAGCGAGAUGAUGAGCUAUUGCAGCUUAGCAUUUGCUCCUCCAUUGUCAACUUACACAACUACUGCUGUUCAACCCGCCAAUGGUUUGCCGGCGGCGCAACCGCACUCCGCCGCGCUGUUUGACGGCGAGGAGCUCAUCAGCUACUCCGGGACGCCGCCGCAAUAGUAACCUUAAUUAAUUGCCAUUAUAUAUGUUCAUUUGUACAUUAAUUAUUACUUAGUGGGCACUGUAAAUUUUUCCUGUACGUGUUUAGUAUGUAUUAGAGCUGAUCA